AAAUCCCUUAUCAGAUUUGUGGACACACAGGAAAAUGCUGAACCCCAUAUAGAAUAUGAUGCUAUCCCUUUCAUUAUUAUGGGCAAAAAAAUCUUGGAAUGUCACCAGGGAUAUGACAGAGACAAAAGAAACAACCAAAAGAAACAAAGCAAGACAAGAGAAGAUACUGAACAGUCCAUGAAACUGGUUAACAUUUUGUGUGAAUGGCCAAGGAUGGAUCUUCCCAUAAACAAGGGAACAGGAAACAUACACGGCUACAAUAUAGCAACUCUGUUUGCAAAAGACAUCAAAACAAACCUGAAGGAAAUAUUGGAAUUAGAAGAGGGUGAUAAGAGGUGUUAUGAACCACACUGGAGACAUCUGCGAUGGAUUGACAGGAAUGACUUGACCGACCAUAAUGUGAUGAAUAACUCUGUGAAAGGAAUGGAAGAAAGAAAUAAACUUUUUCAUAAAGAGUGGUCUCUUCAGUCCUCCAGGAUAUUACCUUAGUUUGAAAAACUGCAAUAAUGGAAAGCUUAUGGCAACACUGGAAGAUGAGACAGGACAGAGAUUGAAUGAAGGAGUUAGAUACUUUAAGGAUGUAUUGCUUGUAGAAGCAAGAAUCAUUAUCGCUUCUGUUGUCAAGAA